GAGCUGGAUAAAGUUGAGUUAUUACUUAAAAAAAACAAGGAAGCCUCAGGUAUUAUAAGAACCAGACGAGUAACAUCAACCAGCUGCAAUCAAGCCAGAGUACAAACAGAGCAUGGAGUCUUCAAGCUCUCCCCAGAAAAUUCUACUUCUUUUGAUGUUGCAAUCUAUUUCUCUCAUAGCUGACUCCUUCCCCAUCCAUGAAACCUUCUUUCGAUGCCUAUCGACUAACUCCAAGCUUGCCGUUCCUCUGUCCUCUUACUACACCCCGAACAACUCUUCAUCCUUCACCUCCGUGCUCAACUCGACAGCACAGAAUCUUCGGUACUUGGGCCCCUCGGUGCCGAAGCCUAUCAUUAUAUUCACUCCGCUGAGUGAACCCCAUGUUCAAGCAGCUGUUAUUUGCUCGAGGAGGCUGAGGGUCCAUAUUCGGGUUCGAAGCGGGGGCCAUGACUACGAGGCAGUGUCGUAUGUGUCCCAGAUUGAGACUCCUUUCGUAAUCAUAGACCUCGCUAGGCUCCGCAGGAUCGAUGUUGACAUUCCUAGGAAGGCUGCAUGGGUCCAGGCAGGGGCCACCGUUGGGGAAGUCUAUUAUAGGAUAGCGGAGAAGAGUAAGGUCCACGGCUUUCCCAUGGGGCUCUGCACGAGCCUUGGCAUCGGUGGACAUGUCACUGGAGGAGCCUAUGGUUCGAUGAUGAGGAAGUUCGGCCUUGGGGCCGACAAUGUCUUGGAUGCCCGAAUUGUGGAUUCGAAGGGGAGGAUCCUAAACCGGGUGGCCAUGGGAAAAGAUCUCUUCUGGGCUAUCCGAGGAGGAGGGGGAGGUAGCUUCGGUAUUAUCCUCGCGUGGAGGAUAAAGUUAGUGAAUGUACCAGGAACCGUGACGGUGUUCACGGUGACGAAAACUUUGGAACAAGGAGGGACAAAGAUCCUCCACCGAUGGCAGGAAGCCGCACCCAAGCUCGACGACAACCUCUUCAUAAGAGUCAUCAUACAGGCAGCAGAGAAUGGCAACGGAACCAGCAGGACAGUGACGACAUCCUACAACGCCUUGUUCCUCGGGAACAAGAGGAGGCUCCUCAAGGUGAUGGGGACAGGCUUCCCCGAGCUGGGCCUCACUAGCGCGGACUGCAUCGAGACUAACUGGAUCAACUCUGUCCUCUACAUAGCAGGGUACCCCAACACCACGCAGCCAGAGGUCCUCCUCCAGGGCAAGCCAGUCUUCAGGAACUACUUCAAAGCAAAGUCGGACUUCGUCCGAUGUCCCAUCCCGGAGAGCGGGCUGACCGGGCUGUGGAAGCUCUACCUGCAGGAGGAGAACCCGUUCAUGAUAUGGAAUCCUUAUGGAGGGAUGAUGGGGAGGAUCCCCGAGACCGCAACACCUUUUCCACACAGAAGAGGGGUAUUGUUCAAGAUCCAAUAUGUCGCGGCUUGGCAAGACGGGGAUAAGGACCCGUCAAAGCACAUAAAUUGGAUCAGGAGUAUUUACGACUACAUGGGCCGAUAUGUGUCGAAUUCCCCAAGAGAGGCGUAUGUGAACUACAGGGACCUUGACCUGGGGAUGAACAAGAACUGGAAGGGCGGGACCGGUUAUAAUAAUCUGAAAGAGGCAAGUGCUUGGGGAACUAAGUACUUCAAGGGAAAUUUCUAUAGGUUGCUGAAAGUGAAGAGUAGAGUGGAUCCCGAGAACGUGUUCAGACAUGAGCAAAGCAUUCCUUCCCUGCUUGUCAAGAGGCAAAUCUAAUUAUCAUGUGUUGUUUUUUGAGGUUUUCCUUGCUUCAAUUUUGAGUUGUACUUUCCUUUUCCUUUUCCUUUUCUUUUCUUUAUCUACCUUCGGUGAAAUUAAUGUGCAGGCCACCUCCACAGAUCUCCCCUUCUCCCUCGCCUAAGCGUGGUGAAUUGGACAUCUGUAGAUGUAAUCUACAGUCUUUUUGCCCUUUUUUUUUUUAAUGAUAACAGCUUCUCCCAAUAAUAGACUGUCACCGGCGCUUUACAGCGGACUAUAUGAGAAUGUUUCCGAAUAA